AUGAAGUUCGGAAUAGAUGGCGUCCAGCGGCGUCUUACGACGACAACCACGACGACGACGACGGCGACGAUGCCGCCAUACACGUGCCCUCAGUGUGUGGCAGCUAGACGAGACCGGUUGUGGUCGAAUCGACUUCGACGACCGACAGUCGCGCGCGAGCGCUCAGUUUGUCGUCAUCGCCGGGUGGCCUCUCACCCUGUCGAUGAUGUCUUCAUGAUCGCCAUCUUGGUGUUCUACAUUGCUCAGUCUCGUCUCCAUCCUGUGGUGAAAGUGAUUUCAGUCGCUUCGGCGCUACCGCCGCGUCGCAAUCAAUCCACUACUCCCACAUUUGGAGAACAUCUAACAAGUGAUAAGGCAAAUUACAUGGGUGACACAUGGGGCACGCAAGUCACAUCUCGUUCACAACUAUCAGCGACGCGUCCCGUAGACGUGUUUGGCCCGCCAUAG